AGUUCACGAACCAAAGCAACAGCGCACAAAGCGACAUCGUCGCAGAGUCUCCUGUCUCCUUCUUCGGCAGGUCCUAGAGACUUUUGCUCUCCCGCCUCUGCUCACUCUCUCCAACCUUCUCUCCCCACCUCCCUCUCCACACUCUGCCGCAUCUAUCUAGUAUCUAUACCUCUCUCUCGCUUCGAUCUCUCUUUCUCCACCAGGUGUAUCGUGCGUAUUCCAGCCAGAUCCUCGGUUGUGGCCCACAACAAUCCGAUAGAACGAUGUCCGGACUAGCGGUGCUGCUCUGUGCAGCUGCCGCGCUCGCCUCGCCCGCCAUGUCCGCUCCCAUGGCGAAGCACAGCGGCGACGGCGCCGACUUCGCGCUCGUGGUGGACGCGGCUACCUUCGCCGUGCAGGAAAUCAACCGCCAGGAGAAUACGCUGUUUGCACAGGUCCUGUCCAACAUCGUCCAGUCGACCAAGGAGACCGCCACAGGCACAGGCAUCAAGUACAACCUGCUUCUCGAAACGGUCCGCGCUAGCAACUGCAUGAACGAUGGCACCAAGCACACGCUAUGCACGUGCGACGCCGACUACUCUCAGUUCUCCACCUACGACGUCGAAGUGUUGUCGGAGACCUGGGAUCGUCCAUCUAUGAACCUGCUCUCCGUGGAGCGUUCCCCGGCGGCCAGCACCGCCAGCGCCGCCGCCCUGCGCAAGUACUCCAUCGUAGACGCGCUGAAGAACGUCGGCCACGAGUUCCAGACGUUCCUGCGCCAGUACAGCCCGGGAUACUGCAAUAGUGCACCGGAGAUCCGGCGCAGGGCUGACAUCUUCAAGCAAAACAUGAAGAUCGCCGAGGAAUUCCAACACAACGAGAUCAGCACUGCCAAGUACGGCAUUACCGAGCUGGCCGAUUUGACCCCCGAGGAGUUCCACCAGCGAUACGCCAUGCCAGUGCAGAUCAAGCCCGAAGAUGUCCAAGAGCAGCUGCGCAGAGGACGCGCCCAGCGUGCCGCUCCCCUCAACUUGAACACCCUUCCCACGAAUUUCGACUGGCGAGAGCGCAAUGCCGUCACGGCGGUGAAGAACCAGGGCAAUUGCGGCUCUUGCUGGUCCUUCUCGGCCACCGGCAACAUCGAGGGACAGUGGGCCAUCAAGACCGGGCGACUUGUUUCCCUCUCCGAGCAGGAGCUGCUCGAUUGCGACUACGCUGACGGCGCGUGCGGCGGUGGCCUGCCCUGGACCGCCUACGGCGCCGUCAAGCGCAUCGGUGGUCUGGACACGGAGGAGAAUUACCCGUACCAGGCGCUCCGCGGUACGUGCAGCCUGAACCGCGCCGACCGCCUGUACACCGUCAACGGGACCGUAUUCCUGGCGCACGACGAGGCCCAGAUGGCCGCGUGGCUCGUGCGCAACGGACCGAUUUCGAUCGGAUUGAACGCCCGGGCUGUUCAGUUCUACCAGGGCGGCAUUGCCAAGUUCCCAUCCAGCAUGUGCGACCCCAACAUGCUCGACCACGCCAUGCUGAUCGUUGGCUUCGGCGAGGAGCACGGCACACCGUUCUGGAUCAUCAAGAACAGCUGGGGUGUAGGGUUCGGCGAGGAAGGCUACUGGCGUGUCUACCGCGGCGGCAACCUCUGCGGCCUGACAACAGCACCGAACUCUGCCACACUUCCCGCCUAACUUAAAACCCAUUCACUGACGAUCUGCAGUAUCGUAACACAACGCUGGUCGCGCCACGUGUCGUCUAUUGUGAUUUGCCAUUUGACUCCCAAAGUAUAAUAGGCAGUCGCGUCUUGCUCUGCUCUGUAUCGUGAUUCGUUGACUGACUCGAUUGUUUCCACUGAUUCUGAUGUCUAUCUCAUCAUCUCGUCAUGUGAUCACCUCCUCACCCCUCCCCCCCUAUUUUUUCGUAGUGCAUGCUAUAAACCUCAGUGUCGUCCCAUCCUGUUCUUUGGUGUCUUAACUCACUGUUUGAGCUUGCUAA